AGCCAAGGUGAAAGGUUGAAGACGUCAAACUCGUGCUCCCUUGAAGUGGAACAGCAACAAACCUAACAAAGCAAGUCAAACGCUACUAUUGUGUUUAGAUUUGUCAUUUUUCCGUGUUGGCCCUGUUCAUUGUUAACGAAAAUGUCCGGAAAGGCUAAGGAUAUCUUACAAAUGGACUUGUAUGGUUUACUCGCUAUAGAAAGCUCUGCUACAACGAAAGAGAUCAAGAAAGCUUAUCGACAGAAAGCCUUGACGUGCCAUCCAGACAAGAACCCAGACAACCCAAAAGCAGCGGAGCUCUUCCACCAGCUGUCCCAGGCUCUUGAGGUGUUAACCGAUGCUGCUGCUAGGGCUGCCUAUGAUAAGAUUUGCACUGCCAAGAAACAAGCAGAAGAAAGAAACAGGAAACUCGAUGAUACGAGAAAAAAAAUUAAGCUUGACUUGGAGGCCAGAGAGCGACAGGCAGAAGCUCAGACCCAGGAGGAGGUGCAAAACACUAGAACACUUGAAGAAGAGAUUGCCCGUUUAAGGGAGGAGGGAUCCAGGCAACUCGAGGAGGAGCAGAGACUCAUCAGAGAGCAGAUCCAGAGAGAAAGAGAAGCACAGCAGCAACAAACAGGAGACAGCACUCAGAGACAAUCGGAAGUGGAGAGGUGUUCCAGGAGCAAUGUCACCCCCAAACUGAAGUUGAAAUGGAAGUGUAAAAAAAAUGACGAGAUGAAUGGAGGAUAUUCUAAAGACAUUCUUUUGAGACUUCUCCAAAAGUACGGGGAUGUUUUGAAUGUGAUUGUAUCGAUUAAGAAGAAAGGAAGCGCUGUGGUUGAAUUUGCAACCGUGAGAGCAGCUGAGCGGGCAGUUAAGAAUGAAUGUGGUCUCAGUGGAAACCCCUUGAAGAUUUGGUGGCUUGAAGGACAGCCCGAGGUUAUUCCUCCAGCAUCUCAGCCUGGCAGUUUCAUGUCUUCACAGAGCUCCCUGACAAAUGAGCGAGACUAUGAGAGCGUGGUGAUGAUGAGGAUGAGGCAGGCCGCUGAGCGGCAGAGACUCAUAGAACAAAUGCAGAGAGAAGAUGAGGAGGAUGCUGCCAGAUCAUAGCACGGCCAGACCCAGUGUGGCACCAGCCUUUCACUAUUAUAUGAAUAUCUGGUUGAAGCUUUAGGUUCAUAAACCCCCUUAUGUUUUAUUAUUUUUAUAUGUAACACACUAUGUGGCAAAAUAAAGCUUUUUAAUAAGUUAAAA